AUGAACGCUGCCCAAUUGGACCGAGAUAUUGCAGAUAUCAAGGGCGAUAUUCGCUCGGUCGUUUUGGAGUUAACACAUCUCCAGCUGGAGCAUCAGACUCUUCUAGAAGAGCUCCAGCAGCUAGAAAAAACACAAUCGCAAGAAUUCGAAUCAGAAUCUCCAGAUUCGAGUGAAAAUUCAAAGAAAAACACAAACGGAACAAAUACACAUCCAGAAAUAGAUACUUACAUCCCGCAAAUCAUACGGCAUGAGCAUUUCGAUCUGGCCAUCAGCCAUUUCUUCACUGCCAACGGAACUAGUGAGACACCAGCAAAACGGCCCAAAUUGUCCAAACUCUCGGAAAACUUACUUCAGCGCCUGGAGCGGCUAGUAAAUCUCAAGGAAAAUAUCCUAUACGAAAAUAUCUAUCGCUUGGUUGGUGUCACAGCUUUUCCCUUAAACAAGUUCACUUUCAGUGCGGGUGACGAAGUAUUGGGUAUUCGAUUCGAUGUCUAUUCCCAUACUAGAAGCUGUUUUUUGUCGCCUCAUUACGCUAUACUAAAGAAAAUUGUAGCGGUAGACAAGGAAGAAGCUAUCGUCAAGAAUUGGACACUAUACAGACACACAUUGCCUGUUUAUCUUCCUCUAGGUCAGUUACAAAAGGAUCUACAGUGUAGUACUUCCGAUUCACAAGCCAUCUUUGAUUUCGCUCUAGAAGUACGUAACCAUCUUGUAAAGACGCAGUACAAGUCGGAUAAGAUAGACCAACUUCAAAAGAUCACGUUGGGCAAUAUUGGCAUCAAUUCCAACAUCCUGAAAACGGUAAUCUCUAAGUUAGAAAAGGAUAUUCAAUGCCAAAGAGUAAUGCUUUCAAUACGAAACAGAACGAGUCUUACUAAGAAAACUCACCUGAUAGAGAUAUUCUGUUCUGAAGAUGUUAUCGAGAUAGCCAACGUAGAUCUCGUAGACAUCGAAGAUAAGAAAAAACUUGUUUUGCUUUAUGAAAGCAUACUCAAGAAUUCGGCUAUCGACGAUCUACUCAAAAACUUCCGGAAAGUAUUUGAGCACAUG